AUGAAUCCCGAGAUGAACGCCCCGCCGCAACGUCGGAACGCUACUGGCGGUUAUUCAACGACCCGGGUUUAUCACCGCCUGACAGUGCCCCGCCGGCCCGUCGCCGGUAUCGCCCGAAGCCUUUCACGACCUCGCUCAUCAAGUCCGAGCUCUGACGGGCGUGGUGCAAACUAUCAUCCCGCUCGUCUCCCAACCGACGCCCCCGCAUAUGACCCGGCCUUUGCAACAGCAAGGGGCCCCCACCCGGACUCAUGCACCACUUCCCGAGCUCUGACGGUCAGUUCCGUUCUGAUCAAAGAAAACUCCGGCGAACAGCUACCGGUCUACUACGUCAGUCACGUCCUGAACGAGCCCGAGGAACGAUACCCACCAAUUGAGAAACUGGCACUGGCGCUUGUGCUAUCAGCCCGGAAGCUACGCCCCUACUUCCAGGCUCACCCAGUGGAGGUCAUCACCGACCAACCACUUCGGCAGAUCUUGUCUAAAUUUGAUGUUGCAGGACGUCUUCUCAAAUGGGCGGUGGAGCUCGGCGAGCAUGACGUACGAUACAUACCCAGAACCGCCAUCAAAGCCCAGUUCGUGGCCGACUUCAUCGCAGAAUUAACUCAGACCGAGGAUGUGGAUCUCGAGCGACCUCCUGAAGCAUGGGUCCUGCACGUGGACGGAUCGGCCAACUCAAAGGGCGCCGGCGCGGGGCUGGUGCUGCUAGCUCCCGACGGUCGUUCGUUCGAGCGCUCCCUCCGUUUCGGGUUCCAAGUCACUAACAACGAGGCGGAAUACGAGGCGCUCCUAGCAGGACUCAGGUUGGCCCUCGAAAUGCAAGUGGUCGCCAUACACGUCCUCACCGACUCGCAGCUGGUAGCCGAACAACUCAGCGGCAGGUACGAGGCUCGGGACCCAAUCAUGGCGAAUUACCUAGCACAGGUAAAGAACCUGAUCGCCAAGUUCCCUCGUUUUACAUUAUCUAAUGUCCCGAGGGGAGAGAACGAGCGAGCCGACGCGCUAGCUAAGCUGGCGUCGAAGUCCGCCCCCGAAGCCUGGCCCGAGGUCGAGGAACUCCCUUCCCGCGCCAUCGAAAUCGCAGCUGCGGCCUCGGGCGGCGUGCCAAUCACGUGGGUACAAGAGUUGCUGCGCUUCAAGCGGGACGAGACCCUUCCCCCCCCACGAAGCUACGGCUCGGCGCCUGCGCUGUACGCAUGCGUGUGCUUGGAGCCCGACGAAGCUUGGACGGUUCUGGCCGAGGUCCACGAAGGAAUCUGUGGGGAACACAUUGGCGGGCGAACCCUGGCGCACAAAAUACUUCGCCAAGGGUACUACUGGCCGACCAUGUGCCAGGAUGCGAAGGUCUACGUGCAACGGUGCAGUUCGUGCCAAGAGCACGCCCGCGCGCCCCGGCAGGCCGCUGUCCCGCUCACCCCGAUCGAUUACGCAUGGUCGUUCGCACAGUGGGGUUUGGACCUGCUCAGACCUUUCCCGCCAGCCUCGGGACAGCGAAAAUACAUCAUUGUGGGAGUGGAUUAUUUCACCAAGUGGGUUGAGGCCGAACCACUGGCGACAAUCACGGAGCGACAAAUUGAAAAGUUCAUAUGGAGGAACUUGGUGACUCGGUUUGGCUUGCCCAAAACCAUCAUUACAGAUAAUGGGCCUCAGUUCGCCGGUAGAAGGUUCUGA